GGAUGACCAAGCGGGCGACCUGUUACUCAAUAACUCAACAGCAUUUAAGCAGCACCUGUAACUUUAACAGAAUCUCAAGAUGAAAUUCCUCGUCCUCUCCGCCGUUCUGGCCCUGGCCCUGGCCGACUCCUACAAGUCGGACUACGACAGUCUGGACAUCGCGCCUAUCGUGAAUGACCCCGAGGCCCUCUCGAAGCUCACGGCCUGCUUCCUCGACAAGGGACCCUGCACCCCCAUUGCUGCUGACUUCAAAACCUACUUGCCCGAUGCUACCGAAACUGCUUGCAGCAAAUGUAACACAGCCCAGAAGCAGAAACUUAAGUUGUACCUCCAGAAGGUCAAGGAGACCUCCCCCGAUGACCUUGCUGCCCUGAAGGCCAAGUACGACCCUGACUCCAAGCACGUAGAUGCCCUGAUCGCCGCUCUGAAGGAAGUUUAAACCCGAAAGUGAUAUUAGAUUAAGCAAAAUCCUAUUAUGUUUGUAAAAUUAUUUCUGUGAAAUAAAAUAUGUAUAAAUAUAAAGAAAAAA